AUGGCCGAUCCAUCGUCCAUCGACUACCUCUUCGAGGACGAAGACCUCCCCCUCCCCACCACCACAACAUUCCCCUUCGAGCACCUCCCCGCAGAGCUCCAAAACGCCGUCUACGAAGCCUACUUCGCGGCCCCGCAAACCAUCAAGAUAAACGCCUCCGGCGCCCUCCUCUUCCCGCCCCUCACGCACACCUCGCGGCAACUGCGCUUCGAAACAGCCGGCUACGUCUACGCCGCGCUCGCCCGCCCCGGCACCCGCAUCCACGCGCAGAUCCGCGACUACGACGUCGCCCCGCUGCUCAGCCGGCUGGCGCAGCUCUCGCGCGACCUGGACAUCCCCCAAGACUCCCUCGUCGCCAAAGUAAGCGUCUCCUUCGUCGGCGCCAUGCACUGCGCCAACCUGCUCCACUGGAUCCGCGCGCACCUCGCCGCGCCGGCGCAAUGCCCCGUGUUCGCCUACGACUGCCCGUCGCUGCCGGCGUACGGCGCGGUCUCGCUGUUCGCGGGGCCGCUCUCGCUGGUUGAGUUUGUCGCUGCGUGGUACCGGCCCGCGGAGAAUGCUGUCGACCGGGUUAAGCGGAGGAGGGCGGCGCUGCGGUUCCUGGAGCUGACGGAGGAGCUGGGCUGCGAUUAUGUAGAAAGGGCGAGGGAGAUGGAUGACGAGGCGCUGGCGGGGCCGGUGUUUAGGACGGUUGCGGUUUGGCAUCAUUUGCUGGGGAAGUAUCGGGGGGAGCUUGCUGGGGGGAAGAGGGGGAGCGGGGUGAGGGGGGAGUUGUGCGAGUUCGCGGGGGUGGUGUAUGCGUUUGCGGGAGAGUUUGUGGGGGGGAGGGUUUUUGGUAGGGUUCCCGGGGGUCUUUGA